CCGAAUAUUUUAAUUAAUAGUAGUCAGGUAGCGCUAUUGGGGAAGUAGGGUUCUCGAAAGCGACCGACAAGUAGAAGCACGGCUGCUAGUCAGAUUAACAGCGGCAGUUGGUGGUCGGCACGGUGCAGUUGUAGCACUGGCGUUCGUGCCGAGACGUUCUCGGUAAAAAAGGACUCCAUCCGAGGUCAGUCCUUGGACGCGUAGAGUCUAACACAACAACAAACGCCCAAAGUCGAUGAGAAACGGGAGUCUAGUAAACGUUCAUGUGAAGUAGGAGGUUCAAAUGGUAAGGUCUAGAUGUGAGGGGUUUAAAUGUGGGGGAGAAACCUUGAGGCGUUUACCUGUAUAGAUUGAGGAUGGGUGGCACUAACCCAACUAUGCAAAUGGUACAGUGUUAUAUGAAAGCAAAUGAUCGCGAAUUGUUAAGUUGUCUCAGAUCACCACACUAGCAUAGGGAAAAAGUGUGUAAUGCCAGUAAGCGAACUUUAUGUCAGUAUUUGCAUAAGGACAAUGAAUAUGAAUAUUUUUCGUAUAUCUCAUUUAUAUAUCAAUAGCAGUAAUUAUGUUUUCAUAAAAUAUGUUACACUUAGGACUAUAUUCAGGAAUGAUGUGUUAAGGAACGAGGUUACGAGGAUACAAACAAGUAUAUUAUCGGGUUGAGUCAGUCGUUUAAAUCAAAUAAGUGCGGAAGACAAAAGCGAGAUCAGUGGAUAAAUAGAUAUACGCACAAUCUGUACAUAGACGGGCAAAAGAGAAAAGUAUAAAUAGCUUGCCUUUAAACGCUGGAACGCGUUGAGAAAGAAACGAAAACGGCUCGCGCCGGCAUUAUACAACAGGAUGUGGUUGCUAUUACUGUCUUUGGCCUUCAUAUCCACUCUCACCUAGUAAUAUUCAAGUAUAGCUCACUACCAUUUCUAUCCUAACAGCAUAGUUGUCAUUAUAUUGAUAUUUCUAUUAUUCAGCGUUAGGGUCAACAAAAAACCGUUGCUCUCACUAUUCAGCUACCAGCAUCAGAGUCUAUGGUAAAAAUGUUAGGCUAUCGUUGGCACGAACUCCAUUUGGUUUCAAACACGUCAUUUGCUUUAUAUGGAUUUACCCUAGAUGUAAAAACCCCGAAAAAUCAUUUAGGCUACAAGCCUGUUCGGCCAUCGGUUGCAAAUUGUUGCAUUUUUCGUUUUGUUUAAAGUGAAAGCAGACGUUUCAGCGUUCCUUCUGCGCAAGAUGGUAGUAUUUCUUACGUUGAUUUAUUCUACCUAUAGUGCUAAUUUGCUUAUAGAAGUUUUUGAGAAAAUCCUUCGUAAGCUAGAUUUUUUCUUGAAAAUUGCGGACGACGAGCUAUGACUAAAUCUAUUCUCCAGAACAUCAUUAUAUUAUUAUGUUUCCAGGAUUUUAGUAGAAAUUGACGAUAUCGAUUACAGAAACAUCGUACCUAACUCGUGCGAGUUGUGUAUCGUAUUUUUAUUUUUUAUGUUACUAUGAGUUAAUACGUGUCCCACGAGUCAACAGCCAUAGAAGUCUGUUCUGAUCGUUCGCUUUAUGGAUCAAAAAAAGUGGACUGUAAAAUAAAUAAGUCUACGGAAAAUUAUGAGAACUUAAUUAUUACUGUACGUGGUGACUGCUUGAAAUAAAUUAAUUAAUUUGAGCUUAUAGUGGCUGCUAAACGACUGUCAUUGUCUAUACAUCGUGUUGCGCUAGGCAUAGUUCGUACGGCGUGAUAUUAAGGUGCUGUUACCGCGAUAAAAUCGUCGUGUACGCUGUUGCUAGUUGCUCAUGCGCUCGUUGCGUUUAACCAGCCGACAGGCAUCACGUUGUCGCUGCAUCUAAGGAUCACGGAGGUUAGGCGAUGACGUUAGAUAGGGAAGAAGCUACCACGCCAAAAGCAGAACCAAGCAAAGCCAACAAAAUGGUGUGGACUGGCAGUCGAACGUUUAGGUCGGGGGGCAAACCGCCAUUAUUCUUCAGUAUUGUCUGUCGGUAGUGCUGCCUCGUUGCUCUACAAACGAACAACCUUGAGGGCCGCUACAGAGGUAGCAUCAGUGCUGCCGGUAGCCAGCCAGCGAGUGGUCGUCGUACACUCCUUCGCCUGGGUUCACUCACCGCCGCCGCUUCUUGUCAUCGCGCUCGAGCAUCGGCCAUUGCCGGAAUAGUAAUACAUCGGUGCUGUGUUCGGUACUUUGUUCUUGUUGUUUGCCGGUUAUUGGAUUAGAAGAUAAGUAUUACAGAUCAAGAGAGAAAUUAGUGUAAAGGCAGCGACGGGGAUAAUGCUGUUAUAGGUAGAGGCCGGAUGGUCCGUAAGCCGGUCGCUGAUCGGUCUUCAGUGGCUGAUUCAUUAUCGCCUGAUAAAUGCUCACAUGACAACGAGCGGCGGCACGAACGAGGAACUCAGGAUGCCGAACUCUUGCUUUUGUGCCAUCUCUGUUUCGCUCUUUUUACGGCGAAUGCCACAUACAGCGGCAGUUGAAUACAGCUAGCGUAUUAGCAGAGUUGUGAACGUUGUCAUGGCUUAACGGUAAGCCAUAGCCGUCUCGGUCUGUUUACGUCGAGGCCGUCGUGAGCUAUUGGGGGAUGUUUCGAAUCAUCGAAAAAUCUUGCGUUUCACGUACUGCGUUGCUGAAGGUCGCACGUCUCUGUAUCUGUUCCCUGAGGUGUGAUCGCUAACGCGCCUGAUUCUCUCGAUGUCGGUCCUAACCACUCAGUGGCGUCGCCUGACGUAUCGGCGCGUUCAGAGAACCUGAGAACACCAAUGCAGACCGAGCUCGCCGUUGUACUUGACACUAUCGAACAACGACCACUGCCACAACUCAUCUUGAAGCCCCGAUCUUCGAUGUUGGUAUCGUUGAACCGAGUCCAUCCGGUUUUAUUUUUAGUGUUCUUUUCGAAGCUAGACGAUGAUAGUGACGGCCGCGCUGUGCAUACGAAAAUGGCCGACCGUGGGCGACAAGGGCUUGUUAGGAAAUGGCGUGUAAAGAAAAUAGGACUGUGUUAAAUUGAACUAAACAGGACCCAUAUGUCGGUCUGUUUAUAGCUACGUAGUGGCCAAUGCAACCUCCCUUCUCGGGAUGGAUGGCGUGAUAGCAGUACGCGCGACAGCCACAUGGGUGAUAGUCAUGACCGCUCCGCACUCUAGUUAUUUCCUCACCCCGUCCUCGCAGUUGAUAUGACCGUCACUGUAGAGCAACAAGCUCAUACGACGAUGUUAUCCUCAUUACCAGUACUACUAUCUAACAGCGGAAAGGAAGCAGACACUACUAUCUUUGAAAAGAUGAUUUUGUUGCCAGUACCGUCUCUGUCUCUCCUAUGAGCCAGUUGAAAAUGCCUCGCAACCGCUUGCUGUACGUCGUGGUGUAACGAUUUGAUUUCGAGUUUACUUGUUCUUAAUCUACGGUCAAUAGCAGACAAGGACAAUAGCCUGUGUCACGAGUGGCGUUUUCCAUUAUUAUUAUUUUGGAAGGAUAUUAGUAUACCUGCGUGUAAAAGCGUGUUGAAAGGCUAGAAACCUUUGCAAGCGAAGGCUCAAGUCAGACGAAUCUGGUUUAAAUUUGGGAUAUAGCGUAGUCAGGAAUUCGCUCUAACGUAUGUCGGAAAAUGAAUAUUAAGAGAUCAUAAUCAGAUUCCUCUAUUAACAUUGUUCAGUCGUACGCUUUGGUAAAAUGUGCUACUAUACGACCAAGCCCUUUCAGUCUCUAGGCUGGGCCUUCUAUAAGGUUCGCACUAACUUCGUCAAGUGGAGAUAAACUACAACGAAAGAACCACAUAGAUAAUCCUGUUAUGAUGCCUGCUUACUUCGAGUUAAAUAACGUUACAGUUAGACAAGUAGUUUAAUCAAAGAGUUUUCUUAUACAGCUUAUGCCUGUCCAGUAUCCAGAAGGAAUAUAGUUUUUUCCACUGCAAGUUUAAGUGUCGCUUGUGCGUAUCAAGGUAGAUUCCGAAAGUGUGGUAAUCUGUAACGACACCUUAAACAACCAGCUACGUGCAUUGCACAUUAUCGCAAAUUAUUAUGUUCGCUACGCUAUUUAACUGUCCACUGGAACCGAUAAUGUGCAGUAACACAAUUUUCAACUUGUACCGUCUAAAAUUACUAAUUCUAUAAUCAGCCCUUUAUUGUCAAAUGAUUUAUUCAUAAUUCUACCAAUAUGAAUUCCCCCGCUACGCAUUUAAGUUCACGCAUCCUGUAGCGGCAACCAGCUAAUGCCAAAAACAGAUAGUUGUCACUUACAGAGUUCUUUUGUCUAUCAUUAUCUGGCCCAAGACCGGAGCAGUGUUCCUUGAAAUCUUAAAUCCCGACUGUUGUCAGCUGUUUGAAUUUUAUUGCUAAGCCAUUGUUAAUACAGUAUCACGGCUGUUCCAACUCUCUCAGAUCCAAACAACCAGCCGCCACUGUCUUUGUCAUCAUUAAGCAACGGUAUAAGCACCAUCGAAAUCGUUGUUAGAUUUGUGUAUGUACUUGUUGUGCAGUAGCCAUAGCUAGCAGGCAGGCAGACAGACAGACAGAUCUAUAAUAAAAUGAGGUCACUUUUAUGUCACCUGGUCGCCAUUUAAUCGUGAGAACCAAUUUAUAGGACGGGAUUAAAUGGCUGUCCUGUGAUUUUGUUGUAUUAAUCAGGCAGUUAGUCAAUUGAACCGUUUGAGUAUGACUGUUAUUGAAGAAUACGCUACAGGCGCGUGGAUGUUGUUUCGUUUUUAUCUGAUUUGACGUUUUGAAAGAAAAAUCUUCUUAUAUGUUUUUUUUUGUUAAUUUUUAUCAUACUUAUCCUACUUUGAGGGUAGUGAAUAGAUUGUCUUUGUCUGACCAUUUAAUUUAUUUGUUCAUAUGAGCGAUGUUCGAAACUGACAAAAGUAUACUAUACAUUCAAAGGAAUGCAAAUAUCGCAUUCCGGUAUAGAGAAAACAAAGGGAUUAAUUAUAAGUUGAAAAAGCGCUUCUUAGAAGGAUUAAUUCCGUGUUGGUUCAGAUAAACAGGCUUUAGUGGUAUUACUCAGAAUUAUUUAGACUCAGGUGCUGUUGUUUUAAUAGCUUAACAAACCACUUUGUUUGUGCUAUAAAAUAUGAAUGUAUGUGUUAAUUUUUGUAAAAGUCUUUUGCAAUGUUAUAGCCAAGCUGGAGCAGACAUUUUAACAUAGUAGUGCGGAAUAUGCUCCUAUAUAAUAAUAAUUUAGAGGCAGAUGAAGUAGUAACUGAUUCGCUACAGAGUCUCUUAUAGUGUUUUUUAUUUUGGAAAAGAUCUUAAGUAUACCAUCGUCGCUAUGUCUGGUCGUUUGCCUUUAGACCUGGUAUGCUUUGAAAAUGAUAUCGACAUAUUCUCAAGUUUUUUUUUGUAAAAAUCAUACGUUGCAGUGCGACAACAACGGCAAGUACAGACAGUAACAACUGAGUGAGGAUUCGCUCAUAAACUGCCAGGGAUCAGUCGCUACUGCGACGUUAUUCCAGACUCAGAACGUUAUAUGAAAAGCUUGAUUUAAUUGAUUACGCGACAUUUCCGUUGAUCUAUUUGUGGCCAGCGUAAGGGUAAGGUAUUGAAUUACAUUGUGAGCUGGUAAUAUGCUACAGAAAUGAGCGUUUCUGAUAAAACGUAUUAGUAAUGUAAAACAUUUAUGCAAAACGCCCAACCUCUAAUGGACCGCUAUUUGUACGAUUUCGGUAUGAUACAUAGGUUUUUGUGUUGCCUAGCUAGCGAUUUAACCGUUUCUGGUUUGUUGAUGAUACAAAGCAUUCAUCCAUUCCAUGAUUCAGAAUGUUACGAAUUAGGAUUAUUUUGUAUUGUAGUGCAUUUUUUUUACUCAUAUUAUAGCGGAACACAUUACGGUCGAGGGCAAAACAACGACCUUCUUUUGCCAGACCAGAACCCACCCUUGAAGAAGACUUUAAUCGUCUGAUACAAUUGUCGAUCGCUCAUCUGGUAGUUAAACUAGACAUAGUUAAUGUCUCCACCUAAAGCGGUAAAACACAAUCGUUAAUUUUUUAUAUUCACCCAAAUUAAAUCGGACAUUAAGGAAUCGGACGGUUUAGAAUAGAUUCGCCACGUGUUUUCUGGCUAUGGUUUUCGUCUAUGUUAGAAAGAUACGGGCUCUAGUUCUAGCGAAAUGAAGUCUUCACAAAGCAUUUAAGUUAGCAGUCAGCCUUAACGCUGAUAUGCCAUUUUCUGCCUCAGUCGAAUUAAAUACUGUAUUAAAAGCGAAGCAUCUUCUUUCCUCAGAAUCCACGCCUUAAGGCCACAGAAACGAGACCCUUCAUUCUGUUGCUUCUCUUCGGUGGACUUUUGCCAAACAUCAGUUGCAAGUCCUCGUUAUAGCUGAAAGCGAAUACGCAAAUUGAUCGAGAAGUUGAAACAUUCGUUAGCAUUGUGAGUUUGGUCAUAAAUAUAUACCCAUUUUAUUUAGCCUCAAAUUCGUUUACGGCCUAUAGGUAAUAUGAUAAAACGAUUUCUGACCUCUAGCUAAUGCCCGCAAUUCAUGGAACUACAAACACCCUUGAUCUGCUGUAUCUAGCAUUGUAAGGGUGCUAUUUAUUAUUAUUAUGUUUUUAUCCUAAGCAUUUAUCGACAUGAUUUGUGAAUGUAUUUAGUGUACGGAAAAGGUGGUUGCAAAAUGAUGACGAUCAAUCGGAGCAGAAGUGACAGAUGAAACGAGAAAGUUAAAUGCAUAGGUAUCGGAUUGAGUGGUCUCUCGAACAACUCGAUUUGAAUAGCGACGAUUCGAGGUGAUAUCGGUCUCUGAAACUGAAAAUGUAAUGGGCAAAUAAAGUAAUUAUAAAAAUUAAAGAAAACGUCAACCGAAGAAUAAUUUAAACUCUCUCCAAUACUAUAUGUAGGUAUUCGUUAGGAAAGGCUUAAUUAUAAAAUGAUUGGCCUGCGUACCGCAACAUCAACAAUAAAUGUUCGAAAAAACGUAAAGUGAAUUUUUAACUAUUUCUUUACUGCUGAACGUCCCACCUACUCCUGAUAAGCACACCAGCACGUUAAUCACACCACGAUCUACGAGGAUCCCUUAUUUUGUCAUUAUAGAUGAAGGCUAUAAGCGAUAAAUUUCUUCUCGACGUUUUUACGCUACGAUAACUCUUUGCAAUGGCAGAACACUUUUUGCCACACAUCGUAAACGUUAAAUCAUAUCAUCAACAAUGAAGUCAUUCAUCUACAAGGAAGCUGUCAAUAAAGCUUAGCUGUUAUAACAGUUAUAGUAAAAAAAAAAAAGAUGAAAUAACACUCAGCAAUGACGGAGAAGACUAUGUGGGACGCCGCUACCUUUAUCGAGACACGUUGUAAAGCGUAUAUAUUAUAUUUGUGUAGCAAGGUCUCUAUCUGGCUUUCAGUAUAAUUUAUUUCUCAGGACAUUUCUGCGAUAAUUUAUGGGGUGUGUUGCGUAUCUCGACAUUGAUUUGUUUACGCCGAUUCGAAGUUUCCUAAGAUUAACGGCAUCCCCCACUAGAUAGUAUAUUCAAGUCCAAGGUACAUUUGUGCUCAAUCCAGUAAUAAUGUCCUAAAAAUAAUUCUUGCAAGUUAUGGAAGACAGCUUUGCGCCAAGUGGCAUAGAUUGUUUUGCUUUUUUCUCCAUGAAACUAAGUCUUAACGUUUAUAAAAUUAUAUUUGGAAAAAAACAAUUAUAUGUAUAUAUAUAAUUGUUUCUGAGAUUGCUACUUGAUCCAUUUAUUAUCUCGCAUUCGUUGUAUAUUACGGUUACGUCACCCUAUUGAUAGCUGAUGCUUGCGGGACGCGGGAGGCCUUGCAUGACAACGCGAUAGGCGAAAUCGUGAUGCUGCUUAUCGUCAUCCAGAUAGGCAACGUGACUUUAGGCAAAUAUGCAUGUUAGUUUAAAAGAAAUCAUAAUAACAACCGGUAAUUGUUGCUAGUUUCUAGCGAAUUUGAUGGAUUUAUUUAAGCAGCAACGGCGCCUUUAGUCUUCGGAAUAUUGACCGGCUUCACCGUAAGUACAAUCAAUGAAGGAAGAAAGAGCUUUGAUUGUAUGGCGCUUGAAUAGGUCUUUUAGAUGAGACGUUUAUCAGUUGAAGCGAUGAUUGAACGUACGGUAUUUGUAGUGAUUGAGAGCGUAUUGUAAGCACAGUUUCAUAGCUACCAUAAACCCGCAUAGCUCCGGUUGACGUAAGGAGGCUGAAGUCAAUUAUGAAACGAUUAUUAAUGCCGAGCCAUUGUUAUUUUACGUCUAGCACUUUUAUUUUAUGUCUAUUAUUAUUCUAUCAACUAUGAUCCUAAAUGCUGUGAACGAUAAUCAAAGGCUCACAAACCGGAUAAUCUGCAAUGAGAGCUGAUCUUAAGUUACCUACCCUUUCCAAGUGGCGCGUUUCGGCAAUACGCAUCAUUGUCGAAAUAUUGAAAAGAAUUCGUGUGUCUAAUUUACCGUAUGAAACUUAUUCAAGUGAUAUACGUGCGUAUAUAUGAAUAUGCAAACAUCGGCUGAUAAGGUGAGCUCUAUUGGCAAAGUACAGAUGGAAAGUUUUGCUCUUUACCUGCUGGUGUUUUCCGGGAGGGGAUGAUGGCAAACCAUACGGCUGCAUCGUCGUGGCGGUGGAAACAGUAAUAUCUUUAUCUUGGUAACCACUCCCUCCAUUAGAAACAGUUCGAUGAAAGAAAGCUGAAAGGACAAAGCUGUGACAACGCUGUAGAAAUCGAAUGCCAAACGCUUUCUUCCCACGCGUUCAGCGAUAGGCCGUCUCCCUUCACCUCAUUUAGUACGCUUCGCCAUGGUCUGACGGUCAUUUCUCGGCGGUUGUCCCCCUUAUUAAACUGUAGGUGCGAGCUUCUACAUCUCACUGCACUUCAGCUGAUCUAGUCUUUUUAAUACGCAGGUACGCGGUCCCUCAUCAGGAUUUUCAUGUCAUAACCGAAAGUGCCCUCGGUUGUAUAAAUACGGCACGAAAUUGUUUCUACUAAAAUCGUAUUAUUGCUCUACGGGCGUUAUUAUCAUUACACAAAGCGUUCUAUGUGCUAUGUGUACACGCCUAUUCUCAUAUGGAUGUUUUUAUACAGUAAUUAUAGGCUGUCAGUGAAUAUAUAUAACGUGCUUUUUAUAUGUGAUUCGUCUCAGUCACCACGCGGAGCUGGCGUAUUCAGCUCGUUUUAUUACGUACGAAUCUGUAUAUGUGGGGGACCUUGUUCGUCCGGUACGAAGGGGCAAGAAAGACAGAAGGAGCGCAGAGAGGAAAAGAAAGCUUGAGAUACGAAAGGGGGGCAACAACAACGGCAGAGCGCAAGAGAAACGAUAGAAAGGUUAUUUAGAAGCCCUAUGUGGUCGGCGCCUUGUGCCUAUACCCCUGGCCUAUCACCCUUUGCGUAGCAGCCUACGUUCAAUUACCGCAUAGCCGUUCCAGCCUCCGUGGACGACGCAUCGUCCACACUUUUCGCAUUUCACCCUGGGUCAGAAAAUGGACAUCUCUGAACCCGAGCAGCCGACCCCGGCACCGCCCCAGAUGUUUGAGCUGGGGUCUGGCGAGGCCGGGGAUCCCUUACAGGUGAUCCAACAACAACAGCGAACGAUCGAGGAGCUCCAAAGAUUACUCGCUGCCCGCGAUCAACAAAUACAACAGCUCCGAUCACAACUGGACAAGUACCAGAGUGUACUUAUGCCGCCAAGGUAUUCUCGCCGAGAACGGAAGCGACAACCAGGUAUAUCUGCUGAACCUCAGAGUGUUAUUUCGGUAGCAGAUAUUAAUGUCACGUUCCAAGCUUAUCCGAAAGAUAAGGCGGUACGAGACUUGAUCCAGAAUGCCAUCUUAGAUAACGAUUUUAUGAAACAUCUAGAAACUGCGCAAAUCGAACAGAUCACAGACUGCAUGUCACCGUGUACUCAUCCUAAAGGUGAUCUGGUCAUUAAAGAGGGUGAAGCCGGCAGUGUGGUUUACGUCAUUCAAGAGGGUCGACUCGAGGUAACGAAAGAGGGUCGGUUUUUGAGCCAUAUGGGAGUCGGAAAGCUGUUCGGUGAACUUGCUAUUCUGUACAACUGCACGAGGACCGCUACCGUUAAAGCGGUGGAAGACUGCAAGCUAUGGGCUAUCGAACGUCAAUGUUUCCAAACAAUUAUGAUGAAAAGUGGUCUCACACGCCAAGCCGAAUAUGCAGACUUCCUUAAAAGUGUACCGGCGUUUAAUAAUCUGCCUGAGGAGACUCUGCUGAAGAUCUCAGAUGUUUUGGAAGACGCAACAUACAAACGUGGCGAGUACAUCAUUCGUCAAGGUGCCAAGGGUGAUACGUUCUUCAUCAUUAGUCGCGGCACCGUGAGGGUGAUACGAAAGGAUGAAAAUGGAGAAGAGAAGUUCCUUAGGACACUUCGAAGAGGAGAUUUCUUCGGCGAGAAAGCUCUGCAGUCGGAAGACGUCCGGACGGCGUCAAUUAUCGCCGACUCCGACCAAGUUGGCUGUCUUAUUAUUGAUCGCGAGUCGUUCAAUCAGCUCAUGUGCAACAUUGACGCAAUCAGAGCGAAUGCUUACCACGAUGAGGUCGACAAAGCCAGCACUGGCAUUCGUCAGAAGAUCGACAACGAGUUCAAAAGCCUUAAACUUAGCGAUCUACGAGUUAUUUCUACUCUUGGCGUAGGCGGCUUUGGAAGGGUUGAACUGGUUCAGCCCGUAAACGACCCGACCAGAUCAUUCGCACUGAAGGUUAUGAAAAAGGCACAGAUUGUGGAGACCCGUCAACAACAGCACAUCAUGAGUGAAAAACAGAUUCUUGAGGAGACCAACUGCAAUUUCGUCAUCAAACUCUAUAAAACGUUUAAGGACACUAAGUACCUGUAUAUGAUGUUGGAAGCCUGUCUUGGUGGGGAAUUAUGGACGAUUCUGCGCGAUCGGGGCAACUUUGACGAUUCAACAACACGAUUCUAUACAGCGUGCGUGCUUGAGGCGUUUAAUUACCUUCAUUCACGCAACAUUAUAUACCGUGACUUGAAGCCUGAGAAUAUGCUGCUUGACCAUCGGGGAUACAUCAAGCUGGUGGACUUCGGCUUCGCAAAAAAACUAACAUCGGGCCGAAAAACGUGGACCUUCUGCGGAACACCGGAAUACGUUGCUCCGGAAGUGAUCCUUAACCGCGGUCACGAUAUAUCCGCCGAUUACUGGUCGCUGGGUGUGCUUAUGUUUGAACUACUCACAGGCGCACCGCCUUUUACUGAUUCGGAGUUCAUGAAGACUUACAACAUUAUACUUAAGGGUAUUGACGCAAUUGAGUUCCCGCGCUGCAUUUCACGUAACGCGCAGGCGCUCAUCAAGAAACUUUGCCGUGACAAUCCGAACGAACGGUUGGGCGUCGGUGGCGGGGGAAUUUCUGACAUCCAGAAACAUAAAUGGUUCGAAGGCUUCAACUGGGAAGGCCUAAAGACACGCACCUUGCAGGCUCCGUUGAUUCCUCAAAUACAACACAUCACCGACACUCGAAAUUUCGACUCAUAUCCACCCGAUUCAGUUGGCCCACCGCCCGACGAUGUCUCAGGGUGGGAUGCCGAUUUUUGAGGUGGCAGAGGUCGUGAUUUGAAGUGUUAUGUAUUAAAAAAAAUAACUACAGUGAAAUGCUGAACUCGUGUCCGGAACUCUAAAUAGAGUAACGUGCAAUUAUUAUGGUGCUCGUAUGAUAGUGAUAGUCAGCCCAUCGCAGAGGGCGGUGCGGCCCAGUUCCUUCACCAACUCGAACACCUCGCUAAGAAGGGAAGAGAUUAUAGCGGGCUUAAAUCUGGCAAGGUUACGAAUGCAAAAGGAUUAGCGCUCUCGCCUGCGUGUGGAACUUGGGUGUAUUGCUUUUAGCAGUUGAGCGAUAUAAGACUCGUUUCGGUGUUUCGAGUUGGAGAUGGAACGCAGUCCGACUGACGCAUGAUUCCCAAGUGCAGUGCUCAUCAAAAGGCAGGCGAGUAACGAAGAAGGGAGUUUGAGACGCCUGAGUCUGUAUGCUUCGGUUGAUGGGGUUUUCAAAGGAAUACAAAGCAGACAUAUUGCAAUGAGCCGUCACGAUGUUUGCUUCAUAGUAGCGGCUAUCUCUGGAAACAUGCUGUUUGUCUGUUUUUCUUGCGAUUCGGCUUUAGUGUUCACAGAAAAAAAAACCUAAGGAGCCUAGUCUUAUAGUUCCAGCGUCAGGCGCUUUUUAGCCAUUUAGGUAUGGAAUGGUCAUUGGAGACUUAGAGAACAGAAACCUGAAGGACUGCUGAAGCCUUGUAAAACUGCUGUCUGCACGAAAUUAACAGAUAUUGAGUAAAAUAAUCGAUUGAAUGUGUCUAGCCAGUUCAGCUGUGACCGCUUUUAA